CUUGGAUUUUUAUUUGCGUCACUAAAAUUUUGAGAUUACAUAAAAAACCUUAUAGAAAAAGCAACAAAUAAUUUAUUCGGCUCUAGUUUUAUUCGACAAUAGAACUUACACAACGAAAAUGGCUGAUCAAAAAGCGAAUUUCGUAGCAAAAUGUCAACCAGAAGGAACAAAUGAACCAGAGCCAAAGCAUCCACGAACUGACGACGGUGAGGGCCCAGCAACCAGUACAACGCAGCUGACGGAUGUGGUGGACGAUUGUCUUGAGCGUAUCUUUAUGCAUUUGAGUCUCGAAGAUUUCUUGAACAUUGCACAUACCAACAAAGAACUGAAGCCUGCUGCUGACAUGGCAUUCCAGCGUAAAUUUGGCAAGACCGAAUUCUAUUUAUGCGAUGAAAUUUAUUUUGGUUCAGACGAUGACAUCGUUGAGAUCUCCGACAAAAAAUCGCAGUUGAGAUUGUUGCGUUGUUUUGGUCAUUUGAUCACCAAGCUAGAGAUAGAAGGUGAAUUUGCCAAGAAAUUGAUUGGCUAUGCAAAUGAAUACUGUUUCAAUUCGCUAACUGCAAUCAACAUUGCUGGGUUUGAUUACAUCAGAAACAACUUGUUGCCGAAACCAUUCGCAAACGUUGAAGUUGUUAAAUUAUUCAACUGCAAAUUUUGUGCAGAUACGAAUUUUAAGAAAUGGUUUCCGGCGAUACGUCGAUUGGAAUUGGAUUGGUGUUCGACGUUUACUAAGGGAAUGUUCAUCGUGAAGAAUAUACCACAAUUGGAACAUUUGAAAAUUUGUUACGACAGCGAUAUUCGCCCGAAAAAUAUUUGCACCUCAUUGCGAAAUAAUCCACAAUUGCGCAGCUUAUGGUUGGGUGGCAUUGUUCCACCCAAAGGUUUCUGGCAGACAUGCCAAACACUUUCCCAAUUGGAAUCUAUUCAGAUUGAAUCCGCUGCCAACUUCAAAAAUGUUGACACCGCAGUCAAUUUUCCUGCGUUGAAAAAACUGGAUAUUAACAUUGAAGAGAAUGAUCUACGUUUGAUGACAUCGGAAGAAAAUCUGAUAACGUUUGGUCAGCUUAAAAACAUCACAUUACAACUUCCGUUGUGUUCAUCGAUUAACUCAUUAAAAUGGUCGAACUUCUUCAAAAAAAAUCAAUCGAUCGAAAAAGUGUCAUUUUGGCUACAAAGCGACUCCCGCAUCAGCGAAACCAUAAUGACUGCAGCUGCACAAGAAUUGCCACUAUUGAAGGAAUUGAACCAUUUUAGUUAUGGUUUCUCGAUUGACCAAAUAUUUGAUUUCAUCGGAAAGUUCAAUGUGAUGAACUAUAGUUUUCUUCUGAAAUCUCGGACUGAAUUUGACAUUCUGAAAAACCGCUUGGGUGCAGAAUGGAAUGCAUCAAUCUAUGAAGGCUUUUGUAUCAAAUUGAAUCGUAAGCCAUGAUGACGAGGAUGUGUAAAUACGUAAUGCAAACAGUUCAAAAACCAAAAAGGAACAUUGUAUUCAACCAUAAGAAUCAAACCGAAAU